AAGUGGUGCAACUCAUUUCCUGCAGCCCCCCGGAAUACACACAGCGAGCAGAGGGGCAAAGCAGCAGCAACAUAAAAAAAAAACAUCUAAAAAAGGUUUGCGAGUGAAGGACAAAUGGCUCUCCUUGUUAAAGCGACAAAAAUGCAUUGAAUUUCUUUAGCCUUUUUUUAUUUUUUAAUUACAGCCGGCUUCCAUUUCCACUCUGUUACACUUUACAUGUUAUGAGAGCUCUCAGUACAAGCUGUUGCCAACAAAGAAACAAACUCAAGAGUCAAAACAGGGAACCCGCCCAUAGAAGACAGAACAGUGGAUGGAAGAGCGCGAGAGGGAGUGAAGAGGACGGAGGUUAAGAUACAGGGGCUGGUCAACAGGCAUGGCUCCAAUUCGGGACUCGGCCAGCCACUCUCCUAACCAAACAGAUCUGGACCACCCUGGCCUGGAUUCUCAGUAUGAGAAUUGCCCCUGGAGCUCUGGUUCUCCCUGCAGCAGAGACAGUAACUGGGACACGGUGCUGGUAGACUCGGUCGGCAGCGACACGCCUUCCUCCUCCUCCUCCUCCUCGGCAGCCGGCAACGACCCCGAGCUCACCUUAGAAUGCCUGGACACGGACUCUGCCUCUAGCUCUGGUGGCUCGGAGAGGAACUUGGUCACCGCGAUGACGUCGUCGUCGCCGCCGCCUCCCGGAGGCCGUAACGGGAACCACUUCUCCCCGUUGACUAACGGCGGCGUUCCUCCCGGUAGCAGCAAUAACAUCAUAACGUGUAACGGGGCGGCGAAUGGCCCGCGGGGGUGCGUGGCCAACGGCUCCGUGGCCAACGUCGGCCCCAACGACGCCUCCGCCCCCGCCGACGGUAGCCACGGCAACAAGCCGAGCCCCUGGGCGUCGGCCAAUGGUGCUGGUCUGACCCCCGGCACUCUGAACCCAAAAGUUAACCACGGUGCCUGGCCCGGUCCCCAGGGACCCUCCGGCUGUAGGAUUGUCCAGCAGGGAGGCUCUCUGGGCUGGGGAGGGACACAGGCGGACAGCCUCUCUCUGUCUGAACAGCCGCAGCGCCUCCUCCUGAAUGAUACCACUGUCAAGACUCGCCACCUUAACACGACCAACGGACCAAAUAACACUACUAACGCCAUCGACACCUCUAGCUUACCAAACUCUACAGGCGGCUCGGUGCACAGGAACGAGUCCGGCUCGGGGCUGCGUUCCUGGGCAGCGGGAGGAGGAGGAGGAGGAGGAGGAGCGGGGUCAGAGCUUGGAAAUCAGCUCUCCAACGGUACCCUGUCUGGCGCCCAGCACCCCCACAGCGAGGGCCUGGCAGGGGGCUUCUCUAAGCCCUGGGGGGCCUCGGGCCCUGGAGACACUGUAAACGGCCAGGGACACGGCCAGCCCUCCCCUGCUGCUGCUGCUGUUUACAACAGUAAAACUAACAGCAAGGCCCCUGUAGGGAGGUGGGACUCUGCUUCUCCUCACAACCUGGGGACUGGAGGAGGGGCGAGCAAUGGGAACGGACUGGGUCCUGCCGGGAUCCCCCGACCAUGGGCCUCCUCCUCUUCUUCAUCUGGCUCCUCCUCUAACAGGCAACCCCCCAAUGGGGAGUGGAGCUCGUUGCCCGGUAACAAAUCUCAGGAUUCCGGCGACGGACGGAAGUCAGGGGAGGAGCCAACGGCUGGAAGAGUCUUGAAGACGACGCCCUCAGGAUGGGAGGAGGAGGAGGAGUGCAGGGACCUGCGAGCGUUGGGGCGUCUGGCGGCAAUGUGGACCCCCGUGUCCUCUGCAACACCGGCUGGGGCCAGACCCCAGUACGCCAGAACACCGCCUGGGACGUCACCUCUCCCGUCCCCAGACCCGAUGACAGGAAACCCGGUAACGGAGGCCCCGGCUGGGGAUCGAAAAGCCACGCCGCUCGUUCUCAUACCUCCAGCUCUGGAGGAUGGCGAGGGGGGGAGGGCGGCCCGGGCCCAGAGUCAGGAGGGUCUGGCUGGGUAG